UUCUUCCUCAUCCCCUCUCUCCUCACACACAAAGUCGGCCACCAAAAAAACAUCUCGUAGCCAGAACAGACAAUUAGCACGCGCCUCCAUUGCUUCUGCGUCUCAGUAUGGCUCACGACCCGGGUCCAGUGAAAGAGAGAGGUAAUGAGGUGAACGAAGCGGUGGUCGUCAUGGAGGGGACGCACAACCCCUCCCCAUCUGCCAACGCAGCGCAUCAUGACCAUGGCCAGCAGCAAAUCGGCGGUGACAGUCAGAAACCAGCACCUAUUCAGGACUACUCGGUCGAGCGGGUUGAGCAAGUUUACCGAAAACUCGACCUGCGCAUCAUCCCCGCCUUCUGGGUGCUGUACUUCCUGACCUCAGCCAUCCGCUCCAACAUUGGCAUCGCGCAGACCAUGAACAUGUCGGCGGGCCACGACCUGGCCUCGGUGCUCUCGCUUACUGCGCGCGACACGUCCACGGCGCUGGCCCUCUUCUACGUCUCCUACGUGCUCUUUGAUCUGCCCUCCAACCUGGUCAUGUCCCGGCUGUCCCCGCGCGUGUGGAUGGCGCGCAUCGUGUUCGCCGUGGGCGUCGUCGGAACCUGCUUCGCCGCCGCCCGCGAAGCCUGGAGCCUCAAGCUCCUCCGCUUCCUCCUGGGAAUGGUCACCGCCGGCAUGUGGCCCGGCAUGGCUUACUACUUGACCCUGUUCUACCCGCCCAGCAGGACGGGGAAGAGGAUUGGUAUGUACUUCACCGCCUCCCAGGUCUCGGCCGCUGUCGUUGGGCUUGUGUCGGCUGGGUUCCAGCAGAUGGAUGGUGUGCGGGGGAUUGUGGGGUUUAGGUGGAUGUUUCUGGUGUAUGGCUUGCUGGCGGUGGUGUUGGGCGUCGCGCUGCUUUGGUGGCUGCCUGAUAGGCCGCUCGCUCCAGGCGAGGUGAGGCAGCGGAGCUGGUGGGGGAGAUGGUUGCCUGGUAGUCCGGAGGCGUUGAAGGGUGAGGAUGCGCUCGUGCAUUAUCAUGAUCUGAGAAGGGUGUACCACCCAAGGCCCUGGAACCUGAGGGAUCUGUGGCUGGUCUUGAUCGAUUGGCGGCUGUGGCCCCUGGUCCUGAUGUACUUUGGGGUUGUGGGCGUGGGGAUUGGCACCCAGCUGUAUGGGAACGUCAUCAUCUCGGCGAUCAACCCCCAGUUUACCGGCGUUCAGAUUAGUCUGCUGUUCGCGCCGAUCUGGAUGCAGAUGGACUUUUGUGCGAUCCUCCUGGUUACCCCUAUCUCUGAUCGGUUUCACCGAUACCGUGCCCUCUUCUUCUCCGCCGCGGUAUGCAUCCAGAUCGCCGGCCUUCUCACCGUGACAUUCGCGCUGUCCAACCCCUGGGCGAGAUACGGCGGCCUGUUGAUGGUGGGAUUCGGUCUCGGGCCUACGGUCCCUAUCUGCAUGACGUGGACAAACGAGAUAUUCCAGCGCCGGCACCGCGAGGUUGGAGUCGCCGCCGCGUCAGCCUUAGUAUCGGGCCUCGGGAAUCUGGGCAGCAUCACCACAACCUACGCCCUGUACACGGGUUGGCCCGAGGACGCCGCGAAAGGGCCAUACCAGUACCGGCGGAGCAACUUCACCAUGAUCGGCAUCCUCUGCUUGAGCAUUGCCAGCAGCCUGGUCAUGACUGUUCUGCUUCGGAUCUUUGGGAACGAGCCAAGCCACAAGAUCUCGAGCAGCGGCAGCUCCGCGGUCGACUCGGCCGACGAGUACCAAGAUGGCGCCGCUCGUCGCGAAGCUGAGCAACGCGGAUUCCGCGGGCUGUGGGGCCGCAACCGGUCUUAG